AUGGGACUUCAUUAUUUGCAUGAGGGUUCUGAACUCAUAAUCAUUCACCGUGAUCUAAAAGCUAGUAAUGUACUUUUGGAUAAAGAUUUGAACCCCAAAGUUGCAGAUUUUGGCAUAGCAAGAGUAUUAGAGGCAGGUGAAAGUUCAAACACCAGCAGGAUUGUUGGGACUUAUGGAUAUAUGGCACCCUACUUUGGAGUGCUGGUACUGGAAAUCCUGAGAGGCCAAAGAAACAAGAAUUUCAUGAAUGUUGGGGGCCUCAUGAAUCUUACAUGGAAAAGUUGGCGCGAAGGAACAGCUGCAAAUAUGAUAGAUCCUAUCGUGAGGAGGGGUAGCACGGAUUCUCUGGACAUAAUGUUGAGAUGCAUGCACGUUGGGUUGUUGUGCAUUCAGGAAAGCCCAGCUAGUAGGCCAACAAUGGGUUCUGUCACUCAAAUGCUUGGUGCCUCCACCAGCAUACUCCCUACACCUUCAGAACCAGUAGCUCAUAUGGUAUCUGAGGAAUAUCGUCCAACAAAUACAUAUUACAGGCAGGCUGAACCUGAAGCAUCUGUCUGUAAUAUGGAUAUGUCAGAAACUGAGUUUGAUCCGCGGUAA